AUGGAGCAUUCACAGAUCAACGUUCUCUUGGAUGCAAUCUUCGCCUUUAUUCGUGCGAGUAUAGAAAGAAUCGUCUUUUCCCUAAUCCUGUUCUACGCUGUUUUCAAAACGGCCACCUCGAUCGAGGAUGAUAAAGAAGUAAGAAAGUGGUCAAAGUACUGGAUCUUCUACGGGAUUGCCUCUUUUUUCUGCAACCUAUUGAAUGCUGGGGACCUUCCUAUGAUUAUUGUGUGCGGCAUUCUCCUGUUUAAGUUCAAUGACUAUUUGAUCCUCCAUUUCCUUUACGACAAUAUUCUAUACAAAAUUAUGUAUUAUUCGAGGGGAUAUCUGGAAGCGGUGAUCGGUGAGGUUGCCUUCCAGUUGUUCCGCCUUAUCGAGCUGGUCCAUUGGCCAAUCCUCUGCACGUUUAACCUUUCGAAUGAGACCAUCAAGUCUUGCAACGAUUCUCUUGACCGUGUUUCGAAGCUAAUCACGAUGAACGACAAGGCUCUCUGGAAGAACGAUGCGAACGAUAUCAAGAGCAAAUUGGUGACGCGACCCUUGAAGGGCGAUACUUCCCACUCCACCGAGGUUGCAGAUCGCGACGCUUGUUACGAACGACUCUGCCAGACGUAUAACCCUCACGUCGAUUCUGGUUGGGUUUCCUAA